AAACAAAGCUGACAGCUAUUUAGUUAGCCAUAAACCUCUUCUGAAUGGGCGCUGGGCGUGAGAAUCAGGCCGGUAUUUUAUAGAUUUUGGCUAAAUCGUUUUAAUAUAUUUAUUUUUAGGAAUCUUUCGCGGCUAAUCGGUCUGCUUUGCUAGCCAAAGUUCCGUUUUACAGCUACGAAAAAGCUAACAUUUAAACCAGAGCGCUAGAGAUAUUUCCACAUUCUACAAAGUAUAUUUAAAUAGUUACUUAUUUAAUCGAACCGAUAAGUUAUUGAGCCGUAAAGGUAGCAGUUAACAGCACCGAUUACCUGCUUCGGGAAAAAAAGACCGAGAGUUCGUUUGUUUAUCAGAGACUACCAUGUCUACUUCCAACGCAAGUUUUAAAAACAAGUGCGUUGCUCAGGUGAACUGUAUAUUCUGUGAGAGCCUGCUGUGCACCAGAGGAAUGAAGGCAGUGCUGCUCGCAGACACCGAAGUGGAGCUUUUUUCCACGGAUAUACCUCCAAACAGAACUGUUGACUUUGUGGCCAGCUGCUACUCCACUGAGAGCUGCAAAUGCAAACUGAGAGACAUUGCAUGCCUCAAAUGUGGAAACGUUGUUGGCUAUCACGUGGUGGCCCCCUGUAAACCAUGCCUACUCUCGUGCAACAACGGCCAUUUCUGGAUGUUCAACAGUGACGCCGUAUCUACGCUCAACAGACUGGAUGCGACGGGUCUGAAUCUGCUUCUGUGGGGAGAUCUUCCUGAGCUAGAAGACAGUGAGAACGAAGAGUCAGAAAGCCCGUCGGAGGAGGAGUGCAUCAGCCCUGUUGGCAAAUGCUGAAAGCACCGAAUGUGACGCUUACUGACAUUAGCGGAUGAAAGAAGUGGCCUUUGGAAUCCCGCUCGGCCUCCUGGAAGGAAAUCAAAUAAAAGCUGACAGUGAAGUAUGUUCAACAAAACUUUGUGUGCAUAGGAAAUGUUAUUAGCUGGAAAUGAUUUAAACCAAAAAGCCAAAAAUCUGUAAUUAGUUUCUUCUUUCAUUACAAACUUUGUUUACAGAUGCUUUGGCUCGUAUCCUGCUACAAUACUUAAUAUUUGUUCCUUAAUUUAAGACUUCAUUGUGUUGUGCUUUGUUUUUGCACAUUAAAGAUUGGAUGUGUAAAGUUUUACCUCAAAGAAGAGCGGUUGUGAGUCUCCUCUGGCCAGGACAUUUGUAAAAUAUGGAAUCUAUUUAAAUGGCUGUUUCUGAUGUGAAUAACUUUGAAUAAUGUGCCCUGCUGAAAAUGUAUAUUUUGAAAUUGCACUAAAACUUCAUUGGUUGUUGGACAAUUAUUUCUUGUUUUGUAUGCUUGUUAAAAUAUUAAAGUUUUUCUUUCCUCAAAAUACGAGAAUUCUCUGAAUUUUUUUCUUUUUUAUUAGAUUUUAAAAGAUAUCACAGGAUUAAGGUCCAAGCAUGUUUUCUGUUGUUUUCUAAAAUAUACGUCACUUGUUUUGACAUGUUUAACCCUGGAGAGCUAUCACUGGGUGAUUUUCAUCUGAGGAAAGGUAUUGACAUGAUUUUUAAAUUAUUACAUUUUUCUGAGUGUCUUGGGUCCCUGGGUAAAGUUUCACAUGUCCCAGGACUGGGUGGACACAAGGUCAAGUCUCCAGUAUCUUUUUUUUUUUUGUAGGAAUUUUUUCCUCUCAAAUUCCUAAUUUUUAUGUAAGUUUUAAGAAUGUUUUUAGGAUUUUCCUUUGUUUUUAUUUUCCAUUUUGUUGCAUAUACC